CGGCUGUCGGGGAGCGGCUGCCGGCGCCGCUGCCGCCCGCGCCCGGGGCACAGGCACCGGCCGAGGCGAGCGGGGCGGCCGCAGCGGCGGGAGGCGGCGUGCGCGGCCCGGGGCGCGGCGGGCGCGGCCGGCCCGGGGAGGCCGCGUUGGGCGGAAAAAUCUAGGAUGCUGUGGGAAAGUAUCAGGAUUCCAGUAAAGAAGACCAAAUAUUUUGUAACAAUGAGUUGCAAACAACAAGUCUUGUCGCAGGAUGCCAGCAGUGAAAACAUUCUGAACAAACUGGAUUUCUUUUGCACAUACUCAAGUAUUGCCUCUGGUUAAGGAAAUUAAAAAUAGGUUUACACAUACGAAUCACUGCUUGAAGAGCUUGAAGUACAAAGUUACCCCAAGACUUAAAAAUGCCUCCACGGCCAUCAUCUGGUGAACUAUGGGGCAUCCACUUGAUGCCCCCCAGGAUCCUGGUGGAGUGUCUCCUCCCAAAUGGAAUGAUAGUGACUCUAGAAUGCCUCCGUGAGGCCACCUUACUGACUAUUAAACAUGAACUCUUUAAAGAAGCAAGGAAGUACCCUCUCUAUCAGCUCCUUCAAGAUGAAUCUUCUUACAUUUUUGUAAGUGUUACCCAGGAAGCAGAGAGAGAAGAGUUUUUCGAUGAAACACGGAGACUUUGUGACCUGCGACUGUUUCAGCCCUUCCUAAAGGUUAUUGAACCAGUAGGUAACAGAGAAGAAAAGAUUCUUAAUAGAGAAAUAGGUUUUGCUAUUGGCAUGCCUGUCUGUGAGUUUGACAUGGUCAAGGAUCCAGAAGUACAGGACUUCAGGAGAAACAUUCUGAACGUGUGUAAAGAAGCCGUGGAUCUGCGAGAUGCCAACGCCCCACACAGCAGAGCACUCUAUGUCUAUCCUCCAAAUGUAGAGUCCUCAGCUGAACUCCCCAAGCACAUAUACAACAAACUAGACAAAGGGCAAAUUAUAGUGGUGAUUUGGGUAAUAGUCUCACCAAACAAUGAUAAGCAGAAGUACACCUUAAAAAUCAAUCAUGACUGUGUGCCUGAGCAAGUUAUUGCUGAAGCAAUUAGGAAGAAAACUCGAAGUAUGUUGCUGUCAUCUGAACAACUGAAACUUUGUGUCUUGGAGUACCAGGGCAAAUAUAUUUUAAAAGUCUGUGGCUGUGAUGAAUACUUGCUAGAAAAAUGUCCACUGAGCCAAUAUAAGUACAUCAGGAGCUGCAUCAUGCUUGGCCGCAUGCCCAACCUGAUGCUGAUGGCCAAGGAGAGCCUGUACACGCAGCUGCCCCUGGACACCUUCACCAUGCCCUCCUACUCCCGGCGCAUCUCCACCGCCACGCCCUACAUGAACGGAGAGGCCACCACCAAAUCCCUCUGGACUAUCAACAGUGCUCUCAGAAUAAGGAUCCUCUGUGCUACCUAUGUAAAUGUGAACAUCAGAGACAUAGACAAGAUCUAUGUUAGGACAGGUAUCUACCAUGGAGGGGAGCCUUUGUGUGACAAUGUGAAUACUCAGAGGGUACCUUGUUCUAAUCCCAGGUGGAACGAGUGGCUGCUGUAUGACAUGUACAUUCCUGAUCUCCCUCGUGCUGCUCGGCUCUGCCUGUCCAUCUGCUCUGUCAAAGGCCGCAAGGGUGCCAAGGAGGAGCACUGUCCAUUGGCUUGGGGAAAUAUAAACAUGUUCGAUUACACAGACACUCUGGUAUCUGGGAAAAUGGCUUUGAAUCUUUGGGCAGUACCUCAUGGGCUGGAGGAUUUGUUGAAUCCUAUUGGUGUUACUGGAUCAAAUCCAAAUAAGGAAACUCCAUGCUUAGAGCUGGAAUUUGAUUGGUUUAGCAACCCUGUAAAGUUUCCAGAUAUGACAGUGAUUGAAGAGCAUGCAAACUGGACAAUUUCACGGGAACUGGGAUUCAACUACAGCUAUGCAGGGCAGAGUAACAGAAUAGCUCGGGAUAGUGAAUUAACAGAGAGUGACAAGGAGCAACUGCGAGCCAUUUGUACCCGAGACCCCUUGUCUGAAAUCACUGAGCAAGAGAAGGACUUCCUCUGGAGACACAGACACUAUUGUGUGAAUACUCCAGAAAUUCUACCCAAAUUACUUUUGUCUGUCAAGUGGAAUUCUAGAGAUGAAGUAGCCCAGAUGUACUGCUUGGUAAAGGACUGGCCCUCAAUCAAGCCAGAGCAGGCCAUGGAGCUGCUGGACUGCAAUUACCCAGACCCCAUGGUGCGAGCUUUUGCAGUUCGGUGUCUGGAGAAGUCCCUGACAGAUGACAAACUGUCUCAGUACCUAAUCCAGCUGGUACAGGUUCUGAAAUAUGAGCAGUAUUUAGAUAAUCAGCUUGUGAGAUUUUUGCUCAAGAAGGCACUGACCAAUCAAAGGAUAGGACACUUCUUCUUUUGGCAUUUAAAGUCUGAAAUGCACAACAAAACUGUCAGUCAGAGGUUUGGUUUACUUCUGGAGUCCUACUGUCGAGCAUGUGGAAUGUACCUGAAGCACCUGAGCAGGCAGGUGGAGGCUAUGGAGAAGUUGAUUAACCUCACAGAUAUUCUCAAGCAGGAAAAAAAGGAUGAGACCCAGAAGGUACAGAUGAAGUUUCUUGUUGAACAAAUGAGACGGCCAGAUUUCAUGGAUGCCUUGCAAGGUUUUAUCUCUCCUCUUAAUCCUGCCCAUCAACUGGGAAACCUUCGGCUUGAGGAGUGCAGGAUAAUGUCAUCUGCAAAAAGGCCGCUGUGGUUGAACUGGGAAAACCCAGAUAUUAUGUCUGAAUUGUUAUUUCAGAACAAUGAGAUAAUAUUUAAAAAUGGAGAUGACUUGCGUCAGGACAUGCUGACACUUCAGAUAAUUCGAAUUAUGGAAAACAUCUGGCAAAAUCAGGGUCUUGAUCUUCGGAUGUUGCCCUAUGGUUGUUUGUCGAUCGGUGACUGUGUGGGACUCAUCGAGGUGGUCAGGAGCUCUCACACCAUCAUGCAGAUCCAGUGUAAAGGAGGCUUAAAAGGAGCCCUGCAGUUCAACAGCCAUACAUUGCACCAGUGGCUCAAGGACAAGAACAAAGGAGACAUGUAUGAUGCAGCUAUUGACCUGUUUACACGUUCUUGUGCUGGCUACUGUGUUGCCACCUUUAUCCUGGGCAUUGGUGAUCGCCACAACAGUAACAUCAUGGUCAAAGAUGAUGGACAGCUGUUUCAUAUUGACUUUGGGCACUUCCUCGAUCACAAGAAGAAAAAAUUUGGUUACAAAAGAGAGCGUGUGCCAUUUGUCUUAACACAAGACUUCUUAAUAGUGAUUAGUAAAGGAGCCCAGGAAUGUACCAAAACGAGGGAGUUUGAAAGGUUUCAGGAGAUGUGCUAUAAGGCUUACCUGGCAAUUCGACAGCAUGCCAAUCUCUUCAUCAAUCUUUUCUCCAUGAUGCUUGGCUCAGGAAUGCCAGAACUGCAGUCCUUUGACGAUAUUGCAUACAUUCGAAAGACCCUUGCAUUGGACAAAACUGAGCAGGAGGCUCUUGAGUACUUCAUGAAGCAAAUGAAUGAUGCUCACCAUGGUGGCUGGACAACAAAAAUGGACUGGAUCUUCCACACAAUAAAGCAACACGCUUUGAACUGAACUGACAGCAAAGAAAACAAGAACUGAUACCCAUCUUUGUGGGUACUGCACUGUUAAUACCCGUUAGCAGCAAAGACUGGUUGCAUAGGAAUUGCACAAACCAUGAACAACAUUAGAAUUUAUGGCAAGAAAAGCGAUGAAUUGUUCAAACAACUGUUGGAAAAUAAUGUAAAACAGGGUUUCAGAUAGCACUAAAAUUAUAAACUGCAAAAAUUAAGCUUUAGUACGAUGUGUGCAGGGACCUCGAAAAUUAGAGAGAUGGGCAAUCACCAGUGUAUGAAGUUUAACAAGGGCAAGUGCCACAUUCUGCACCUGCAAUGGGGCAAUCCUGGUUGUGUGUAUGGACUGGGGAAUGAGAGGCUGGACAGCAGCUGUUGAGAGGGACCUGGGGGUCCUGGUCAAUGGCAAGUUGAACAUGAGCCAGCAGUGCCCUGCAGCCAGGAGGGCCACCUGUGUCCUGGGGGCAUCAGGCAGAGCAUGGCCACCUGGGCGAGGGAGGGCAUUGGCCCACUCUGCUUUGCACUGGGGCGGCCUCACCUUGAAUAUUGUGGGCAGUUUUGGGGGCCACAGUCUAAAUAAAAUAAGGAUAUUGGAGUGUCCAAAGGAGGGCCACAAGGACGGUGAGGGGUCUGGAGGGGAAUGGGCUGUAUGGGGAGCAGCUGAGGUCACUUGGUCUGUUCAGCCUGGAGAAGAGGAGCUCAGACUUCAUCGAGGUCUGCACCUUCCUCACGAGGGGAAGUGGAGGGGCAGGUACCAAUCUCUUCUCUCUGGUGACCAGUGACAGGACUUGAGGAAAUGGCAUGGAGUUGAGUCAGGGGAGGUUUAGGUUGGAUAUUACAAAAAGGUUUUUCACCCAGAGGCUGGUUGAGCACUGAACAGGCUCCCAGGGAAAUGGUCACAGUCCCAAGCCUGACAGAGUUCAAGGAGUGUUUGGACAAGGCUCUCAGGCACAGGGUGAGAUUCCUGGGGUGUCUUUGCAGGGCCACGAGUUGGACUCUGAUCCUUGUGGGUCCCUUCCAACUCACUGUAUUCUGUGAUUCAAUGAUUCAUGUUAUGCCUUAAGCUCAAAAAGGUAAACUUGGAAGAAUGUUUCCUUUUCUCAUUUGAUAGGAUAAAGUAGAAGGAAAAAGAAAAUAGGACUACUGUGAACGUAAGAGUCCAUCACAUCUUACCUUAGAUCUGGUACAGCAGGUGGAGACUGUGCUGGAUUGGGGAGAGUGGAAAGUGAAUUCAAGUGAUAGCAAAUACUUAAAUGCAGCAUAGUUUAAAGGGAAGGAGUUUGAAGCUCUAAAAACAUUAGUGAGAGGACAGUGCCUUUUAAAUGUGCUCAGAGGCAUUAACAUUUGUGGGGUUUGGGUGGCCCUUUGAUUUCUGGGUCCGUCAUCUGCACUGUUUCUGAAGGCAGUAGGAAAUGGGCCUGCUCAGUAUGGUGUUUCUUCUGCUAUGAAUUUCUAGGGGUGCAAUUCAUACUUUCACAAAGAAAUUCCCUAUCAUCCCCAAAAACUGACUAACCUGGAAAUUGAAUGGUCAGAAUUGGGUUUAGUGCAACAGAGAGCUGUAGUGUUCAUCUUAGGUUUGCUUUAAUCUAACUUGAACUGAAUAGAUUUUUUUCAUACAUGUUUUCCAGAACCUAAAGAAAGGUGAGUUAUUAAAAUUAUUGAAAGAUUAUUUUUUUAUAAAGGCUAUUUAUAUAAUAGGAACUAUUAUUAAUAUAUAUUCUUUAUUUACAUGAUUUGUCCAAUAUUAACUCUCUUAAUUUUGCAACCCAGUUCUAUCUGUCCAAGACUCCCGUUUUCAUUAACGUCACUGAAGGUGACCAGACAUACUCCUAGGACCAAAUUCAGCCCUAGUGAAAGAGGACACAAGUACCAGUGAAGUAGUGGGAAUAUACCCACUAAAGCCAAAGGGGAACUUGGCCUAAGUCUCUAAAAGAAUUUUGGGAAUCACUCUUCACAUUACUGAAAUGAUAUGCUGGCUAUUUCAAGAAUGCUCAUUUAAACCCUCAAAAUUUGGGUCUACCAUUUCUCCUCUUUCUUCCUCCUUUGGAAGUGGUUGUUGAAUUCAGUAAGAUACAUCAGAAAUAGCAAUUUAGAUUUUCAAUAUGAUUGAUAAUUAGCAGUUCAGCAGACAGAUAUGUUGGCUAGCUCAAAGCAUGUGGAGUUACCAAACAUUUUAUAGCUUUGUCUGUUUUGUGCGUGUGUGUAAUAUAUAUUUGUAAAUCUAGUUGUUGUCCUUUAACACAAUUACAAUGUGUGCAAUCAAUGAAAUUGGCACCAUGUUUUGAAACUGUUCAGAGUACCGAGGAUUUCAGAUUGCCCUUAUGCACAACUUCAGGUAGGACUGUUUUUCUAAUUGCUAAACAGGUUUUUUUUUAAAGUUAGCAAAGCCCAUAAUAGUUCAGCGGGUGACAUUCACCCUAACAUUUUAAACUUGCUAGAUUGGCAGCACUUGAAUUCCAAAGGUUUGGGGCUUUUGGGGGUUCAGCUUGUUCACUGCAAACAUGCACCGAGGUGCCACUCAGAAAGUGCAAUACCACGUGUAAUAUAAAAUAUGCUGACAGUUGGUGUUAGACUAGAAUAUAAGCAUAUAAAUAAACUGUACUUCGUGCAGGCUGUA